UUUUUUAUAGUUGAUGGUGAAGUAAUCAGCUCCAUUGGAAAAGGACUCUGUGUGUUAGUUGGAAUAUCUAAACAUGACACCUCAAAAGAAAUUGAAUACAUGUGAGUCAAAAUGUAACAAUAUCACCUCUUUGGAACAAGGGAAUGGCGCAGUGGUGAGAGCACUCACCUCCAACCAAUUAAGGCACUUGUUCAAAUCAAGGCAUGAAUGUUAUAUGUGGGUUGAGUUUGUUGUUGAACUUCUCUACUUGCUCUGAGAGGUUUUUGUCUGGCUACUCCGGUAUUUGCCUCUCCUCUAAAACUAAGGGUGAGUUCGAUUGAACAUACUGUUACAAAUCUCUUUACCAUGAUUUUUGGACUGCUUAAGUACUACAUAUGUCAGAAUAUAUUAUUUCAAGCAGAUUUACAGACAUUGAAAUGCAAACAAAUGAUUUUUGAAGUUUAUUCCAUUCAUUCUUAUUCUGGAAUAUUGUCAAUCGAACACUCCCUAACAUUCCCAAAUUCCAAUUCAACCUGGAAUGGUAGACAAAGAACCACCAUGUGAAUACCCUUCCCCUUAAUUUAUUUGUUUAUUUAUUCAUUUAUUUUUUUUUAUUAUGCUUUAUUGGAUGAAUGCUUAACCCAAAAAAAUCAACUAACUAAAGAAACAAUACCCAGAAAUAAAUUUUCUAUAUGGACUGUCCUACUAACAAUAUUACGGAGUCUGAAAGGUCCGGUUUGUCUUUUGAAGGGUGAGAAAAAUUCUAAACUUAAGGGUCUUUGAUGACAAUGGACAACGAUGGAAAAAGUCUGUGGUGGAUAAAAAUCUUGAAAUUUUGUGUGUGAGUCAGGUAUGAGCUACAUACAUUCAGUACCUUUUUUUAUUAUGAUGAUCAUUUUUUAUGUUUAAAAUAUUGUUGUUAAGUUGCAUGAACAACUAGUGGAUGUGACGUGCGCUAUAGAAGUGUCUUGCUAUUAUUAUUAUUAUUAUUAUUAUUAUUAUUAUUAUUAUUACUAUUAACUACACCUGUAUGUCAAGUUGAAACUUGGGACACUUAGCGUUAGACACACGUACAACUAGCCAGUGAGACCAGCUGUCAUAGGGAGAACUUCACUGUUAGUCAGGACUUUCCAGCCAUAACAGUCUAUUCCUAAAUAGCUUGAACAGCAGUGAUGGGUUUUGGUGAAAACUCUUGGGAAAUGCCUAUUUCAUUUUCAAAAUGACCGGUCCAUUUGGCCUUUUCUGAUUUUUAGUAAGCACCCUUACUAAGAGAGAGAUUGUUUAACUGUUAAGAAUAGCUUUGCCAUUACAGUCACCUGUCCCUAAGACAUAAACAACCGGGUUCAUUACUAAGGGCCUGUCGUACAGAACUGUGUUACCCCUGGCGGGGGGAGGUACUCAGCAAAGUUUUAUACAGGGUAAAAGGAUGAGGGGUUGGGGAAGGAAACAUCUGAAAAGGUAGUUCUGUUAGCUGCCGAAUGGAAAUUCUUGUUCCAUUUCUUCAAAGCCAUCUUGAUACCAGUUUCAGGCUUUUGCAACCGUUUUUUGGUAAGUGGAACUGAUUUGUACAAAUGGUAAACGUGACUCUGGGGCGAAAUUUACCAGUCCUGAUUUUGCGUACCAUUUGCCCAACAGUAUACCCACCAGUUAGCCCAUGUAAAUGUAGCCUGCGAGCAAACUCUCCAUUAAUUUUUAUAUGGGGAGCGAAGCCAACCGCGAGAGAACGUGCGAGAGAACGCGCGAGAGGACGCGCGAGAGGACGCGCGAGAAAACAGCAAAGCCUUUCGCGCUCGCGUCUCCUUUUGCGUGCUACUCUCGCGUGACUUCUCGCGACUCCCCUAAAUGGAGAGGAGCCUGCUCACAGGCUAAUGUUAAUAGAGACCUUUAUAUUCGAGGAAGAGAACGAGUACGAGUACUAGAUUUGAUUUAAAGUUUUUUCACGUAUUGUCAAAAAAUAGACACCCCGGAAUUCUUUAUUGUACUUUUUUUCAUCAGAAAAGUUAGCACUGUUAUCGUUAUUGAAGAAGGUUGAGCCCUCUCCCGAUAGCAAAAUGCUGAAACUUCUAGCAUUUGAUAACUUGUUUCCGCCACUACGACACUCUCGCUAAUUCUCGUAGUAGAAUGACGACGGCUACCACGUUUUCCCGCCAAAAUAGGCUGAUUUAGCAAAAGAACGGGAACGUCAGUUGACGACGGCGCGCGCAAAUCAAACAACUGGCUUAAACAAUGACAGAGGGGCAAAUUGGGCUCCGGAAGUUGUGUUUAGUCUUCUCCGCGCGCUUUCCCGUCGUCAACUGACGUUCCCGUCUUAUUGCUAAAUCAGCUUAAUGAUACUGGCUCACGCGUGCGCACUACCUUUUAUUGAGAAAAUCUCGUACUCGUAGUCGUUCUCGUCUUAGAAUCUAAAAGGUAUCUAAUGGUAAACAAUUGGAAAGUACCCCGGAUUUAGGCGUGAUCAUUUUGUUUCAUUAGUUCACUCUGCAAGCGGUUCUCAAGGGAAAUAAACCAGAUUAUCACUUAGCUAUGGGUGGAGAUCAGAGUGAGACAUUUUAUCAAGAUUUUCUGCAGCACAUGAGAUCGACAUACAGAGUUGAUGCGGUUAAAGGUAGAAAUUUCUAGAAGUCUUUUCCCUAUAGAUACAGUCGAACCUUCGCUAAUGGCCAACUCUCUACAACGGCCACUUUUUUUUCGUCCCGGCAGACAAAAAUCCAUACAUUGACUCUUGUUUUAGCCUCUCCGCAACGGCCACCUCUUUACAACGGCCACUUUCUUCUGUUCCCAAGUUGGCCAUUGUAGAGAGGUUCAACUGUAAUCAUUUAAAGUAUUUUGUAGGGAUUCUUCCAUGAGCUUUCUAAGUAUUUCCAUUUUAAGCUUCCUAAGCGGAAGGGCACCAACUGUUUGAUUUUCCGACUGAAAUUUCCAGUUUGCCAAAAAUGAAUGUAAAUAGUUAGCGUGCGUACCGUUUUCUUUUAGCUAAGCGCCACAGGAGAAACGCGGGAAACGUGCGCAAGGGUGAGCAAAAAAGUAGAAGCAAGAACCACGUUCUUACUCUACCCCACUUUAAUUUUUUGGCCCCUUUCUUGUGCAUCUCCUGGAAACGGAAACAACUGGCCAGUAAAUGGGAAGUUCACAAAUUCACUUGUGUCUUUCUUUGUGUCUGUGACGCAAGUGAAAAUUAGGCUUAAAUCAUCCUGUAUUUCUGUAUAAUAAUAUGCAGUAACUUUUCUUUUCUGUUUAGAUGGGAAAUUUGGAGCGUAUAUGCAAGUUCACAUUCAAAAUGACGGUCCAGUUACAAUAUCAUUGGAAACGCCUCCCUCGAAACCGGCUCCACAAAACAAGGUG